AUGUGCCGCGGAGCUUCGAAAUUCGAAGAAUCGAAGGGGAUACUCACUCCGGAUGAAGACAGACAGAACUAUACUGCCCUUUACAACAAGAUGACCAUUCCAGAGUUGCAGGCAAUCAGCGGCAACACGCAGCUGGACUGGAAAACCAUCUUCGACGCCUUGUUCGCCACUGUCAACGUUGAAAUCGCAGCCGACGAAAGCCUCGUCGUCCAGGCGCCGGAAUACAUCGAAAAGUUCUUCAACACGUUCGCCGGAGGAGCAAUUUCUUCACGCACAGUCGCGAAUUACUUGUCCUGGCGGUAUGUGUACGGACACGCGGAACUGACGUCGCAGGCCAUGCGAGACUUGUUCUUCCAGUUCGACCAAGUCGUGGCUGGGAUCACGGAGCCUCAAGAAAGGUGGUUGACCUGCUCAAACCUCGUCAACAAUGUCUUGGGGUUCGCCGUCAGCGGUCCGUACGUGUCUCAGUACUUCCCACCGGCCGCCAAGGAAGAGCUCACAGCUGUUCCAGCAGCGUUGUUCCAAAACAUUUACAGCUACGACUCCUGGUCCUGGAAUGACAUGGCAAAGACACUGCAUGUGCCCACCAACAGGGACUUGUGGAUCACUCAGCCUUCGAUCGUGAACGCCUUCUUCUAUCCGUCCAUGAACAGCAUCACGUUCCCCGCUGGGAUCCUUCAGCCGCCUUUCUUCCAGUCCAACAGCCUUCAGUCACUCAACUAUGGAGGCAUUGGAGUCGUCAUUGGGCACGAAAUGACUCACGGAUUCGACAACAACGGGCGCCAGUUUGACGAGUUGGGCAACCUCAUCAACUGGUGGACGCCAGCGACGGGCGACGCUUUCGUCGAAAAGGCGCAGUGCUUCAUCAACCAGUACACGAAUUACCUAGUACCGGAACUGGACUCGGUCAUUCCGGAAGCGCAUCUCGACGGACUCCAGACCCUGGGAGAAAACCUCGCAGAUAACGGAGGCAUGAGACAGGCCUGGAACGCGUAUCUGAGGUACAAAGAGGCGAACGGAGCUGAACCCGUGUUGCCCGGGCUCCAGCAGUUCACACCCGAACAGCUCUUCUUCAUCAACUUCGGCAACCUGUGGUGCGGUCACUACACUCAAGCCGGUCUCCUGAAUAUUGUUCUCAACGACGAACACAGCCCGGGAAAAUACCGAGUCUGGGGUUCGUGUUCCAACAGCGAACCGUUCGCUGAAGCUUUCGGCUGCACACCUGAGGACGACAUGUUCAAUGGCGAAAAUCUGUGCCAAAUCUGGUGAUAACCCUUCAUUCGGCAAACUGCCCGAGCGGAGAUGUUUCGCGUUACUUUCAGAAAUAUUUUAAGCGAUG